AUGGAAUAUUUGAGAAAAGUAUUGCUGGUCACUGUUUUCGGUAAGUUGAUAAUUUAACUCCUUAAAGAUUUUUAGAGGUACAAUUAAGACAUGUAGGAGAUAUAAAGUACCAGUUGACUGAAUCAGGCAUCCUUCCUCAUGAAUUAGUGAGGCCAUGGUUUAUAACUAAUGAAUUGUCAAAAUUUACCACACACGUGGCUCACUGAGCAAGAAAUAUAUACAUGUUUUUUUUGGAAAUUUGGCUAUUUCUGCUGGUUGGUCCCCGUAGUUGCUUAGCAACAAAACUGCAACGAAACAAAUUUGGUGUAGUUGUUUUUGUAGUUAAGCUUAUUCAGACAUUCAAAUAGUGGGGUGUGGUGCAAAGUCAGAAAGCGGGAGAAAAAAAUUGGGAGGAAGAGAGGAGGGAAUCGCUGUAGGAUCAGUCGUAAAGGGUUGUUUCCCCCCAACUUUGUCAGCUUGUAAAGUAAAAUAAUCCAAAUAUCAAUGAUGCAGACAUAGCCUUCCCCUCAGGCAACAUGAUUUCCCCUGAAUAAAAGGAUUACAUGGAAAUCAUUGUGAUUCUUAAAUUUUCAUGCAGAAUGCAGAGAAAAGACCUUAACCGUCAAAGUUUCUAGAAUUGUGGCAUUUUGGCUUUUUAUUAGGAUUGACCCUGCUAAAAGGAGUGCGGAAUUCUCCAGGAUCAAUUUUAGCAGAAAAUUCCUGGCUUUACAGGAUUUCAUUUUGCACGUGCGGAAAAGCUAAGAAAAAGAUGGGAAAAUCCAGGAGUGUCCAUGCUCCCCUGGCUUUCCAGGAAUUCGUGGAAAAGCCCGGAAAGCCAGGAGACAAUUUUCCACACUACUAGCUAGUUUCCAGGCUUUUCCUUAAGUGCAAAAAAGCUUUGACCUUCUGACUCUGAUCUGGCACUCUUGACUCCUCCUUGAUUCCAGGGUUACCUGGAAAAGCCAAAAAAAAUAAUAUUCCAUGCUUUCUGGGCUUUUCCCGUUCAAAAAGGCUUGGUGCUCCUGCAGACGUAAGUAGCAGUGCAGUAGUUUGACAGCCUUCUAAGUGUUCUCAGAGAUUUAUGCCCUUGAUCGGCACAAAGGAGAAUCUCGAGUUCUCUAGUUGACUUCCUUUUUUUCUGACAGCCUUGUUCCACUUGGUUGCAAGCUGUGUUUGCGGAGAUGAAACCAUCACUGGAGGCAAUGUACAGUGUAAAAUUCUUGGUCAAUCAGGAAAAAUAAGGUUGGUCUACAUUGGCAAUGACACUGAAGGUAACUUCAGUGACUCCAAUGACAAUCAACUGACAUUUGAGGUGGACUCGAUAUAUGAGCGUGAUGCACAAGGCAAUGAAGUUGGUAAAACCGGUCCCAAGAAGCAUUCCCUGAACAGCCUAGCAAGCCAGGAAUUUAACUUUACAAAGGUCGACAACGUUUCAUAUUAUCAAGGCAUCAAGGUCAUAAAUGUCAAUCUGACAGCCUACUUGGAUGGGCCACAGGCCACCCUUGAUGUCAUGGUGUUCCUGUUCCUUGAAGAUGGCAAUGUCACUUUUGGCAAUGAAUCAUUUGCAGUAUUCAAGGGAACCUUGAAGUUUAACAUUAAGGUUUGCUCUAGUCAGUGUUGUUACUAUUUUAUUAAUUCAAUAAAUGUUUGAAUUAGUGUUUAAAUGUACCUGGCUCCUUUCCAAAUGUAUAUUAGCUAGAUGCAUGAAUAUGGUGUCAAUAUACAGUAUCUAGAGAAUAUUUACCCAUUUGAGAACUGCACACUCUCAGAUGUUGAUUGCAGCUUCACUGUACUGUGCUGACAGUAGUGAUUGAGGGUAGUUCAAGUAAUUCAGUUACAAUUCUCCCAGCGUCUCUCCUCUACUGAUCAGAGCUGGUAUGACUGGCACUCUGAAUGGAAAAGAGCCGACUGUUCUUACAAGCACAUUUCCUCCAAUCCUGCCCCUUCCCCCUUAAAUUGCCUGCCAUACAGGCCAUUCAUUCUCUUUCCUGCAAUCUUAGCACUUGGCUGUUUGGUUUAUUGAUUAAAAACCUUUAUGAAAAACCUUUAUCAAAAAAAAGAACCUCAAUAUAACGAAACCUCGGUAUAGCGAACACAGUUUGUCAGUCCCUUGGCUCUUCGCUACGUCCAGGUUCCACUGUAACCUUUAUACAAACGCUUGUCUAUAAAAUAAACAAGUGAAUUUGGGUAAUACCCUCGAUGGUAUAUGUAUAUACUCUCGAGGGUAACAAAUAAAAAUACUUCUCUUUUCUUUAGAUUAAAGAUUGGGAAUUCUGUGAUCCAGGACUUUCAAACUGCCGAAAAGGCCAAACAAAUGAAGAAGGUGCUUUUAUUGACAUUACACUUGCGGUCAAAAGCAGGGGAACACCCACAAAAUUGUCCAAAGAAGACCGCGACAAGUCUAAAAAGAAGCCUGUCUGUUACAAGGAUAUGGACUGUCCUGAGACUUAUGACAUGGGUGGAGGGUCAGAGGUGCUGAUUAACAAGGAGGUAAAGUUAGCCUGUUCUCACCAAUGAAAAAAAAACAAAACGCUUGAUUCUCGUCGUUGUACAUGCCCUUUGAGCUCAUGAUAUUUCUUUUCACUUCUUUCAGAUUCUCUUAGAUGACGACCCAGUAGAUAUGCCAAAUCCUUUCCCUAAAUAUGAGACCCAAGGUAGCAAGAAGCUCUUUAUCUUCCGCAUUCCUAGGUUUAACAACACGGUUUUGAUUGACCCUACAGCCAACAUGGAUGGAGUAGCGGGCGAGCCCACCAUUGGCGGAGACGGUGGUGGUAAUGGUGAUGGAGGUAAUGGCAGUGGAGGUAAUGGCGGUGGAGGUAAUGGCGGUGGAGAUGGUGGCGAGAGUACCACGGGUCCACCAAAUGGCAGUGCCCCGAUGCUCUUGUUAAACGUCUUCGCGUUGGUUUUUCCUCUCCUUGCAGCUAUUGCGUUAUUUGUUUUCUAA